AUGGUUCUAAUAGCCAAGAGAGACAAAGAUGCUAGAACACAUAACUUGCCAACUGCAACGGAAGUUGCUGCAUUAAUUCCUGGUGAUUUUGAAGAAGGGUUAGACAAUAGAGACAUUAUGUUAGAAGCAAAGGAUGGUAGUCUUCGAAGAAUCAGUGAAUUAUACGUUGGUUAUCGAGCUCUGCAAUAUCCUCUAUUAUUUCCUUACGCUGAAGAUGGCUAUCAAGUUGGUAUUGAAGAUGGUUUUUCACAUAAAGAGGACAGAAAACGGAAGACUAUCAGUAUGAGAGAAUAUUAUUCAUAUCGAAUUCAGGAUAUGUUGAUGGAAUCUCAGACAAUAAUUCGGAACAACCAAGUCAAACUUAGGUCUGAGAAGUUUGUAAAUUUAGUUGAAGCGCAUAAUGAAGGCCAAAGUGAUCUAUCCAAUACUGGAAAACGUAUUUUGAUUCCUGCAUCAUUCACUGGUGGUUCUAGGUACAUGAAUAACAAUUACUUGGAUGCAAUGGCUAUUUGUAAAUACUUCGGAUUUCCCGAUUUAUUUAUCACUUUCACUUGCAAUCCAAACUGGCCAGAGAUUGUUAGAGCACAUAUCAAUGUUGAGUGGUGUACAAAAGCUAGGUCAAUCAAGUAUUUAUUCAAAUACAUCCACAAAGGUCCUGAUAGAGUUUUAGCUACUAUCGAGAAUAAUGCCAAAGACAUUGGUGAGUUUGCGAACGAGGAUGGUGACGACGCAUCUGAAGUUACUAAAGAUGAGAUUAGAGAGUAUUUUGAAUGCAGGGUCCAAUGUCCAACCAGUUUUGAUUUUUUUAAAACGGUUGACAAAGUUCUAUAUCCUACAUUCAAGGAUGCAUGUUAUGCUUUGGGUUUGCUAGAUGAUGACACUGAAUACAUAGAAGCUUUGAAAGAAGCAAACAUUUGGGGAUCCGGAUCUUUCCUAAGGAAACUUUUUGCUGUUAUGCUCAUUACGGAUAGUAUUCUUAAUCCAUGUGGAGUUUGGAAUGAGACUUGGCAACUUCUUUCAGAUGAUAUCAUAUAUCGACGAAGGAGAUUAGAAAACAGAGAAGAUUUAACCCUUUCUGAAGACCAGCUCAAAAAUUAUACAUCGGAUGCAAUUGAGAUAAUUAUGCGUAGCAAUGAAAGUUCUUUGGCUUAUUUUGAUGGUAUGCCUCUUCCAUCUGAUGGUUAUCAUAAUGCUUCCAUUAAUCGAUUGUUAUUCGAUGAAAAGAAUUAUGAUAAGGAUGAGAUGUCUGCUCUCCAUAAUAAGAUGCUUCCUGGUUUAACUGAAGAGCAGAUGAAAGUAUACUCAGAGAUAAUGGAAGCUGUUACAUUAGACCAAGGUGGUGUUUUUUUCCUAUAUGGGUUUGGUGGAACAGGAAAAACACAUUUAUGGAAAAUUUUAUCUGCUGCCAUUCGUUCUAAAGGACAAAUUGUAUUAAACGUGGCCAGUAGUGGUAUGGCUGCUCUUUUAUUGCCUGGUGGAAGAACAGCUCAUUCACGAUUUGGAAUUCCUUUAAAUCCAUAUGAGCUAUCUACUUGCAAUAUGCAUCCAGGAUCAGAUUUAGCUGCAUUAGUGGCUGAAGCCUCAUUAAUCAUUUGGGAUAAAGCUCCUAUGAUGAGUAAAUUUUGUUUUGAGAGUUUAGAUCGGAGUAUGCGUGAUGUUAUUCCUAUGCAUAAAGAUAAACCUUUUGGUGGAAAGGUUGUUGUCUUUGGUGGUGAUUUCCGACAAGUCUUGCCUGUUAUAACUGGUGGUGGAAGAGAAGAUAUCACAAGGACAUCUCUAUGUUCUUCUUAUCUAUGGGACGCAUACAUUGAUGCAAGUGUUGCAGAAGAAAUCAAAUCCUUUUCUGAAUGGAUUCUUUGGGUAGGCGAUGGAUUUGAAGACCAAACCAAUCCUAACUUUUUCCAGGAAAGAGCAAUUUUAUGUCCAACUAAUGAUGAUGUAUGCACGAUUAAUGAUUACAUGAUGUCUGCUCUUCGAGGUGAAGAGAGAGUCUAUCUAAGUUCGGAUUCUAUAGAUCCAUCAGAUACUUCGAAUCAUGACAGUAGUGUUUAUACUCCAGACUUUUUGAAUAACAUAAAGAUUUCUGGUUUGCCUAAUCAUUGUAUAAAGUUGAGGGUAGGAGCACCUGUUAUGUUGCUAAGGAAUAUUGAUCCCAAUAGUGGGUUAUGCAAUGGAACCAGGCUUCAAGUGACUCAACUAGCUGAUCAUAUCAUUGAAGCAAUUGUGUUAACAGGGCAUACACUCGGUCAGAAAGUCUAUAUACCUAGAUUGUCUGUUUCACCUCCUGAAGGCAAAUUCCCUUUCAGAAUGAGAUGGAGACAAUUCCCAUUGAUGGUCUCAUUUGCUAUGACCAUCAAUAAAAGUCAGGGACAAACACUCUCAAGUGUUGGUUUAUAUUUGCCUAGACCUGUUUUUUCACAUGGUCAGUUGUAUGUUGCUCUAUCCAGAGUUAAGUCUAAAGCAGGGUUAAAGGUUCUCAUUGUUGACAAAAAAGGCAACCCACAGAAACAGACCAUGAAUGUCGUCUUCAAAGAAAUAUUCCAGAAGCUUAUCAAGUAG